AUGAAGAACAGUGGAAAAGAGUACAGGAUGGAGAGCUCGGUUCGCUAUUUUCAGUUGACCACUGCUACCGUAUUCGACAUAUCGUCAUUGGAAGAAAGUAAAGGAUGGCCCAUAAUUAUACAAUUUGAAAUGAGAGCAUUCCUGGCAUCAGAUGGGUACAGGCUUGAUUAUAUCGAUAGUGUGAACAAGAGGCUGAACAACUCGGACAAGGAAGGAGCAGUGUUCCAUGAGACGGUGAGCCGACUGGCACACGGAUAUCAUCUAAUCAGCUAUUCGUUAAAGGAAAACGUUGAAAGUAAAGUCGCAAAACGUCUCGGCUAG